AUGAUCAUUUUGGAAGUUUGUAACAGAGCUGUAGAAGAAAUUCUAAUCACGAGAUUUGAACAGGCAAAAGAGGAAUCCAGAUAUGAUAAAAUUGAUUACACCGUUGCGGACUUCGAUAGUAUUGUUUACACCAUAAGUAAUCCAAAUAAUGAUAAGAAAAAGAUACUUGUCAGUAUAUUCAUUAAAUUCUUUCAUGAACUGAAAGAACACGGGGUAAAUGAAGUAUUGGCUCGUGAGUAUGGUGAAUUUCUUUCUUCAGCAGAGCCCAAUCAGAGUGUAACCUUAUGCAUAGAUUUAGAAAAACUACCUUCUGAUCAUAAUCAAUUAGCUCACAAAUGUGGUCUUUUAAAAAGAAAUUGUAUGGCAGCUGUUUUUGAGAAGUUUUUCGAAUAUCAAAUGAAAUCUAACGCGGAUUCGUGUCCUAAGAGGGCGGUGAUACAUUAUAGAGACGAUGAAACAAUGUAUGUACAAGCAUUAGCUGAUCGAGUUACAGUUAUCUUUAGUACAACAUUUAAAGAUCCAGAUGAUUUGUUAAUUGGAAAAGUUUUUAUGCAAGAGUUCACUGAGGUAAGAAGACGUCUUGAUCGAGCACCCCAAGUAUUGUAUUCUCAUCGUGUUCCACCAAAAGAAUUACAGGGAACUGAUGCAGUUAUCAGUGAUUCAGUUGCGUACAUUACUUUUGUGCUUUUUCCGCGUCAUUUAUCCACUGAAUCUGCGCGUAAUUCCACCAUCGAUCUAAUACAAACAUUAAGAAACUAUUUACACUAUCAUAUUAAAUGUUCCAAAGCUUAUAUGCAAAUGCGUAUGCGUGCUAAAACAGUGGAAUUCUUGAAAGUACUCAACCGUGCCCACAUUGAACAUUCAACAAAUACUGUGAUUAAUACCAAUAUUACAACUGUCUCCGGUGAAGUCGCACCUAUUUCACCAUUAGUGAACAAAAUCGGUGGUAUACAAAAUGAUAAUAUGGGUCGAACAAUGCGUACAGGCUAA